AUGGUCAUCCCGAGGUUCUCGUGCUUCGAGAAGCCUCUCGAUGAUUCUGAAACACCCAAAGCCCCUGUCACCAGCUCCGUCCUCAUCAACAAAGGCCAAAUGCUCAUUAAUCUACCCACCAACCUUCUCUGCAAUCCAACAGGAGACGAAGGCAACAGGAGACGAAGGCAACAGGAGACCAAGGCAACAGGAGACCAAGGCAACGGGAGACGAAGGCAACAGGAGACUAAGGCAACGGGAGACGAAGGCAACAGGAGACGAAGGCAACAGGAGACCAAGGCAACGGGAGACGAAGGCAACAGGAGACGAAGGCAACGGGAGACGAAGGCAACAGGAGACGAAGGCAACAGGAGACUAAGGCAACGGGAGACGAAGGCAACAGGAGACGAAGGCAGCGGGAGACGAAGGCAACGGGAGACGAAGGCAACAGGAGACGAAGGCAACGGGAGACGAAGGCAACAGGAGACGAAGGCAACGGGAGACGAAGGCAACGGGAGACGAAGGCAACAGGAGACGAAGGCAACAGGAGACGAAGGCAACAGGAGACUAAGGCAACGGGAGACGAAGGCAACGGGAGACCAAGGCAACGGGAGACGAAGGCAACAGGAGACGAAGGCAACGGGAGACGAAGGCAACAAGAGACGAAGGCAACGGGAGACGAAGGCAACGGGAGACGAAGGCAACAGGAGACCAAGGCAACGGGAGACGAAGGCAACAGGAGACGAAGGCAACAGGAGACGAAGGCAACAGGAGACGAAGGCAACAGGAGACAAGGUCAACAGGAAACAAACCAACAGGUAUCAAAAUAGCAUAAGGAAGAUCAGGAGAAAACCCAACAGCAUAAAUGUAUGUAGAAGACAAGUCAGCUUGAUACAAGCCAGUUGGAAGCAAUCAAGAUGA